AUGUUGAACCCUGACUACUCAUUGUACGAAUGCUUUGUCGAGGUGAUCAAGGAGCUCCUCCCUCGCCUUCCAGACAUAGUACAAAACCAUUACUGUCAAUUGGUCAAUGAAAAUACCUAUGGUACACCAAAAGAACCAAAGGCUGGACUGAUCUUCAAAUACACCAGAAAGACAAAUGUCAAGCAAGAAGUGACACCCCUCAUUAUCAUGAUCAAGUGUGUUGCCACACUCUACCAUGCAAUGCAUAAUCUUGGCCCCUUCCAUAGCCACUUUGAGCUCAAAUGGCAAAUGAGAACAUGUGCAACCUCAUUCAUUGGCAAUGAGAGGGAUGCAAUCUGCAUCCUCCACUUCAUGAUUGAGGAUCCAAGGUGGUUUGAAGUGGAAGCCACUGCUCUGGAACAGGAGUUCAACAUGACAUUGUCCAAAGGGGGAAAUGUUGUGCAGGACUCAACAAUGGAUGAAGCUUCCGAUCUGGAAGAGGAGCUCGACGUGGCAUUGUCCAAAGGGGGAGAUGUCAUACAGGACUCAAAGAUGGACGAAGCCUCUGAUGUAGUGCAAACGUUGGCCACAACGAGCAAGCUCAAUGUCGCUCUGACCACAAGAGAGUUCACAUUUGAUCCGACUGCUGUGGCAGGUGAUGGCCUCAUCAUCACUGGUCUGAACUUUGUCGAUGCUGUGGCUGGUCAUCAUGGACCCCCCACCUCAUCGUCCGCUGCCUCCCAUCUCACUAGCGUGGACGUGAACUUCAGCAUCAAGAUCGAUGACCAGUGUCUCUUCAACACACCGGAAGGGCAACCUCUUCCAAAGCCACCAGAAGGCAAGCCGGCCCUGAUUGGUGGUUUCCCUUGCUCACUUAGAAUUGGCAAGAUUGUCGGACACACCCCCGCAUUGGCCGGAGCUCCGGACGAGCAGCGACCCAUGGCAUGGCAGCCGCUCCUUGGCCAUCGUUUCGCAUCCACACCCACAGUCAACAACGCUUGGCGACGCAAUUGCAUCAAGAAUACGUACGAUGCAAGGAAGUCCAUGACGAGCAAAGCACUUCGCAGCGCUCAUGAGACAUAUGGCGACGGCGAGAUGGAUCACCACCUCUACACUGCUGUCGCCACCAUGAACACUGACGCUCAGUGGAAGCUCCCUGGUCCUCUUCCCGUGUUCGACCCUCCCCGCCCCAACACCACAACAAUCAUCGCCAAGGCUCAGUUGCUCAGUACCUCAGUGAAGGUGCUCUCUGGUGACGCCGUCACCAUUGACAAGGAGACCCUCACAAGGCUUGCUCUCGGCACCAAGGUUUACUCAACUGCAAUGACUGACGAUGAUGCCAGUGAUGCUUUGUCAUGCAAGAAUGCCAACUGUAGCAUUACCGUCAAAGGGGCUUCCGAUGCUACCUGCUUAGCUGCAGGGCCCUCUUCCACCAAGACUGCAUGUCAGGACAGGCACCUCUCUCAUGGUCCCUUCCAUGCUGUCCACUUCUCACGUAAUGGCAAGCUUCUGGUUCCCAUGACCACUGACCUUGUCCUCUGGGUUGUCAGCCCUGGUUCCUCUCACAAUCUCAGUGAAUCCGACAAUCGUGCCAGUGAAGCACAUCAAGAUGCUCCCACCAUCAAAUUCCCAUUCCGUCCCAUGAACAAUGAGAGCACACCCGCAGAGACCAGCGCAAACACAGGGGGUAUUGGAGGUAGUGGUAUUCGCGCUGUUCAGAGGUGUCACGACAAUACCAUCGCUCUAGCAUUCAACGACAAGGAAAAGACCUUUGUCGAUGACAUGGGUGAUGUUCUUCGUGGUCUUCAGGUCGUUGAAGUUGCUUGUGGUAUCAUCUGCACCCUCAUGGAAGAUGUCAUAGGAGCCGGAUGCGCAGGAGGCAGGAAGAAGUUGAAGUCAUAUGAAGGGGAUGUCAGAGGUCGCGUGCCCAAAACCUGA